AUGGACAUCCGUUUCCAGGGGAGGGCACUGCUAGUUCGACAAGUCUAUCAGCGUGACGUGACUGGAAGGCAAAUAAAAGUUUAUCAACUCUCCUUAACAACCAUAUAUGCUAGCCAUAUGCAGGCAUCCCAACUUUGCCAGUCCACUUCAAAAAACGUCAAGGGUUGUGUUGUCGGCGCGCGUAAAGACCCCUUAAAACCUUCCUCCCAAUGAAGCCAUAACCUGCUCCAGCGUUCAUCACGCAACCCACUAGCAACAACGAGAUGUUAGUAGAUAAUCGUGUCUGGGCUCUGUUCAAGGGUCACUGGCAGCACACACUGACUUACUGGAGCGUUUUCUUCAGUUUCGGGCUGUGUAUCGCGUUCCUGGGGCCGACCAUCCUGGACCUGAGGUGUCAGACUCAGUCCACUCUGCAGGAGAUCACCUGGGUCUUCUUCGCCCAACAGCUCUUCCUCAUGCUGGGGAGCGCCCUUGGAGGACUCUUCAAGAAGACGCUCCGCUGCUCCCUCUCAGCUCUCUUCGUCUCCAGUCUUGUCAUCUCCGUGGUGUUUGCCAUCAUCCCACUUUGCCACCAUGUGCUGAUGCUGGCUGUUGCCAUGGCGAUAUCUGGCACGGCAAUGGGGGUGAUUGACACCAUCGCCAACCUGCAACUGGUGAAGCUCUACCAGAAAGACUCAGCCAUUUUCCUACAGGUCCUGCAUUUCUUCAUAGGGCUGGGAGCGUUGGUCAGUCCCCUGGUAGCAGACCCAUUCCUGUCAGAGGGGAGUUGUGUUCUGGGGGGGAACAUGACAGCCAACUCCUCCACUGACCUCCAUCACCUCCGCAGCUCCCUGGCAGGUAAGGGGACAACCCCUCUGCACAACGUAUCCCACCACUACCACCUCCACACAGAGGGCAUCAUCACCACCAAUGUGUCCUACGCAUUCUGGAUCAUGGCUCUUAUCAAUCUGCCUGUACCAGUAGCAGUGUAUGUGUUGAUGUACCGUGAGAGGCUGUUCCCCUGCUCGGACCACAGCCCACGUCUACUGGACAAGGAGAAAAACUCACAGAAGAACCAACAGGACCACAAUAUCCAGGGUCACGGGGGUUUGUUUGGCUGCUGUAACUAUGCUGAUGUGAAGGAUCGCCCUGCCUCCUAUUUCCUCCUCUACAUUCUGGGCGGAGCCGUGCUCUUCAUCACUGACGGCAUAAUAAUUUGUUCUCUUACACAGGGUUCUUACACAGGAUUCAUUUACACCUACGCAGUGUCUCCUCCCCUCUCUCUGCCUCACAAGACAGCAGGCUGUCUGACCAGUGUGUUCUGGGCGUCCGUCACCGUGGGCAGACUGGCGUCUAUAUAUCUGUCAUACAGAUACACACAACAACGACUAAUCUCGGUCAGCCUGGCAGGGAUGAUGGCAGUGCAGUGUCUGCUGUUGAUCCUGUACUCCAGCCCUGUGUUCCUCUUCAUGGGGACAUGUGUGUUAGGCCUCUUCAUCAGCAGUGUGUUCCCCUGCAUGGUGGCCCUCACAGAAGACAUGGUCAACUAUAAAGGGUGUGCCACUACUGUCCUGGUGACCAGUGCUGGUACAGGAGAGAUGGUGCUGCAGCUUCUCACGGGACAGUUGAUCCACAGUAAAGGCAGUUAUAGUUUCAUGUUGGUUGGUAUGAUAUCAUCCUGCAUCGGAUUCACAGUAUUCCUGGGCCUACUCUACAUCCAGCAUCUACACAGGAGCUCCCAAGCAGCCACUAGCAAGGAAAUCRCCAUGACAGAGAAGCCUUCAAGUGAGUAAUGGAGGCCGUGAGGAUGAAUCAAUGGAAAGAGAGGACUGUUUAAAAGUGAAGGAAAACAGAAAUGACCCAAAUGUUUAAAAUGGCUGGAGGAAUCAAUCAGCCCCCUGCUCCUUUCGUCCAGCUCUCAACACCCAGACAAUCAAGUUAAACCCAAAGACUAUCCCAUCCUACCCAGUACCCCCCCCCCAGAUCAACUGAUUGAUUCAGCUGGCCUUAUAUACCAAAAUACAUUUUAUCAUUCUAAACAGUAUUUGAGUGGAGACAGUAUUGUAUGUUUUWGAACUGGGAAAUGUUUUAUGUACUACCUGUCUGACCAUGACUGUAGCAUUCAUAAACCAGGAGUUGGGAGAGUAGAUGUUAACUUGGCUUGUUCAUGUGUCUUUUUAAAUGCACUCUGACCCAUGACACAGUGUAAAGCCAUGAACAGGUGGAGACCAAAGCUUCCUCCAUUGGCAUGCUGUUUAUUUAAACUCAACGGCAGCUGGUAUCCUGCUGGAUCCUUAACUGCUCCAUGUCUCAUAGAGCUUUCAUGUAGACAGUGACCCGUGUGACUACAGUGGAGUGGUCACAUGAGGACAGAUGGUGUUGCUAUGUGAGCAAGGUGUGGUGGUUAGUUACCUAGUAAAACUCACUGGAUUAGGAAAACAAGUCUUGUGGGGACAUACUUCCAGAUCCAGUCUUCAGAGGCUAAGGAACAGACAAACAGGGUGACUAGAGCAAGGUUUUUUUAAUAGUCUUCUGUUAAACGUUUCCUAUUUCACCUCAAACACAAACGUGCCACUCCAAGACAAGUAGCUUGUAAACAUUUGAAAAGCAUUGAACAAAUAAUUUACAGAAGUGAACAAAACAAGAACAGAACGGUAGAAGCAAACAGUUUGUCAUUUCAACUGCAAAAGUACUGGUUUUAUAAUUGAAUUGUGAUUAAAAWAAAAACUAUUGUUAAAAUGUAAAAUACUUYYUUUUUUUUUA